AUGGAAGAAAUUCUUGUAGAACAGAAACAAACUGAAACUAAUGAUACUGCUUUGGUAGUAUCUGUCCCAGUUCCAUCAACUGAUGAAACAACAACGAAUGCUGUACAACCAACGGCAGCAUUAUUAGUUCAGUCUCUUUUACAGGAACAAGUCGAUGAAACUGGAGACAAGAAAAAGAAGAAAAAGAAGAAAGGCAAAGCUGGUCGUGAGAAAGAACUUGAGCGUCUAACGAAAGAAACAAAGGAUAUUUUUGCCUCGCCCGAAAAACUAAAUGCCAGUUGUGAACGUCUCAAUUCAAUUCUAAAAGAUCAUAAAAAAAAUUUACUUGGUGUCUGCCAAAUUUUGGACAAAGCUAAUUCGAGUUUUUUACCAUAUGAGCAAUUUCGACUUGUCAUCAAAGAUCGUUUACCGAGAAUGACCCGUGAAGAUUUAUUUAUUUUAAUGAAAUUAUUUGAAAACGAAGGCUUCAUUGGCUAUCGAGCUAUGCUAGAUCAAGAAGUGGGAAAUGGAAUAUUACAACAUAUUGUACCAUUAACUGUUCCACCAUCAAAAGAAAUCAUUCUUGAAAAGAAGCUACCAAAAGAAUUAAAGCAACCAUUUUAUGAGCCCUUACAAUUAAAUCAUCCAAAAUAUGUAACACUUUAUUUUCGUCUUAUUACAUUCGACUCAUACAAUGCUUAUCCAGGUCAUAUUCGACUUACUGUACCCGAUCACAUCAGUGUUUAUGCUCUAUCGAAAUUGGUGAUUAGUGAAACAGAUCUUGCGACACGAUCAAUCAGUAUAUUUCGUGAGAAAGUUCGUUCGCGUCAUGGUUUGCUCGAUCCAAUGCGUUCACUAGAAGAAUGUCGACUGAUUGGUACCUAUAAAGAUGGUUCGCAUAAUCAACAAUUUCCAAUCUAUACGCUCUACUAUGAUUAUUCACCAAUGGAGCUACGCGGUGACUGUCCAAUACUUAAAUGUGAUUAUUAUAUAAAAUGA